GCGGCGCGUGUCGCUUCUCACGGGAUGCUUUAGGUAGAUUUUAGACACAUUUUCAUAGACAUUUGCGUUUUUUUUUCUUGUUGUGCAUUUGUGAAUAGGCCUGUAUCACAUGCUGAGCGUAUUAAUUUGGCGACUUUUAUUUCUACCUGUUUUCUAUAUCCGACCCACAUAUGGACAUACCGAGGGAUAAUUUCUGCUUUAAACCUCUCGACAUGAGAUGAAACCCUAGAGGAGAUGUUAUGUAUACUGAAUAACGAAAAGAAGAGGACGCGCUAUUUUGGCACAUGCGCGGAAUAUAAAGAGGCGAAUCGACACUGGUUAUGGUUUUGAUCAACCUUUCAUUUCAGGGUUGCUCAGAAUGCUUAAAUUGUAAGCCAUCGACUUAAAUUUAUAAUAUAGGAACUGUUAUGCAGGCAUGCUGAUUCUUAUAUUGGGCAAUGGAUUUGGUAACCAUACGGUAAGGGAAGUGUUGUAGUGAAUAUUUUAUACAGAGAAGGUUUCUUGUUAUAGGCUAUUGAAGCAGAUGAUGGUGGCACUCUAAAGCCAUUAACACCCCAAUGGCCGACAUUGGCAUAUAUGCAAUAUAGGAUAUAAAAUAGCCUAAUCUCUUUUCUCUUGGCAUUAGGGGUUAAUGUUUGUUUGGCAUAAUUUGUUAAUUAGCAUUAGUAGUUUACAAGUCUUAAUUUAGAAGACAAGAAAAGACAGGAUACUUCAGAGACCAUAAUCAGCUUAAGGUUUACAGCAGCUAUAGUUGGUGGCACUUUUGCAUUGUGCAUUGCUUUCCAGCCCCUAAGUGGCUUGCUACUAUAGUAUUUCUAAUAUAAUGGACCCCAAUCAUAUGGAUGAUGGUUCCUCCAGUGAUGGCAUGGAGAUGGAGAUCAUGCCUGGCUAUACGGAGCUCAUCACUAGAGCAUAUUCAGUCAUGUUCAGUGCUUUUAGAGACUGUAAAGACUGUGGGCUGGAGCUGUCCAGGAGAACCUUGCUGGAUCAUGCAUACAUAACCUGGACAGAGAUCUUCAUGUUCCUCCUGUGCGCGGUCAUGUGGACGAAGGUGCGCAGGGGACUGACUGUGUACAUCUUUGAGCCUUUUGCACAAUGGUGUUGUAUCCAACCAAAAGAUGUCUCAAAGAUGCCGGAGAGUGCGUGGAAGCUGGUCUUCUACACAAUGUCAUGGUCAUACAGCACCUACCUUUUGUUUUUCACUAGCUAUUCCUUCUUUCAAAACCCCCCAUCUGUGUUUUACGACUGGAAGAGUGGGAUGUCGGUUCCCACUGAUAUCACAAUAGCUUACCUAAUCCAGGGCAGCUUCUACGGCCAUUCCAUAUAUGCCACCAUCUACAUGGAUGCCUGGAGGAAGGACUCCCUUGUGAUGGUGGUGCAUCACUUCAUCACUCUGGCCCUGAUCACAUUCUCCUAUGCCUUCAGAUACCACAACAUUGGCAUUCUUGUCCUCUUUCUUCAUGACAUCAAUGACAUUCAGUUGGAGUUCACCAAGCUCAAUGUUUACUUCAAGACCCGGGGAGGGAAAGAGUACCUCAUCAAUGAUGUCCUGUCCAACAUGGGGGCCAUUAGUUUUAGCAUCACAUGGUUUUGGUUCCGGUUGUACUGGUUCCCCCUCAAAGUUCUGUGGGCCUCCUGUGUCACCAGCGUCCAGUCGGUUCCCCACAUCCCUUUCUACUUUUUCUUCAACAUACUCCUGUUUGCCCUGCUCCUCAUGAAUAUCUACUGGUUCCUGUUCAUUGUGCUGUUCGUGGUGAAGGCCCUGACGGGCCAGAUGACGGAGGUAAAUGACGUCCGGGAGUACGAAGAUGAGAACCUAAAGGAGCAAAAAGACACUAAUGAUCAGAUGUCUACUGAAGGGAAACACGUGCAGAACGGGAUCACCAAGAAGAAACAUCUAUAAUGUAUAGGUGCUGCCACCUGCAGGCACUUAACGAUGACUGCAAGGUACUUAUGUGAACUAGUUUGAUUCUAACCUCAGAACAGCAAGGUGCUUGGACAGUCAUAAGAAGAAACAAUAUCGACCAUCAUUUGCAUUUUAUCUUGAUUAUUAUAAUUGUAACUGAUAUUAUAAUUGUAAUCAUAGCACUGUGAAUGUUUUUUGUUAUCUGUCUUGUGCAUUGCUUAAUUUUUUUUUUUUUUUAAGUUAAAUGAGUGACCUCUCAUUAAUUGUUAAUCAGGAACUUACGGUGGGAGUGACUGAUAUCUCUGCCGGUGAGAAACAAACCCAUGCAUUUUGGAGAACGGCGGAAACCAUGAUAAACCGGUUUUGUGAUCAUCAUCUGGGACCAGUUUGUUUUAGAUUUAGACCACUGUUUUUUGUUGUUCUGAUGUAUUUUUCAUUCCAUGAGUGAAAGAAUUAAAAAGGGUUAAUACGUAACUUGUGGUAGGUGAGUACUAGUGGAGUGGUUCUCAAAUAGUGGGUCGAAGGUCUGAUCUGAAAAGCAAUGGAAAUGGAAACGGAAGAAGUGUAUAAUGUUAAAUGCAAAUGAUAAAAUGCAAUUAACUAUGUAAUAACACACAGUUAAGGCAGUAUAUGAAACAAAUUCUUACCAUAUCUUUUGUUGUUGGCAUCAAAGGGCAGGUUGUGCAUCAAAUCACACCCAAUGAUAUUUCGGCAGAAAUUCAUGUAUAUUAUUAGUAACUCGCCAAUUAGGACAUAUGCCAGUCUCUUGAAAACCAUGAAUAAAAUGUUGCAUGGUAAAAACUACAAAACAAACAUUCAGAAUACAAUAGAGGCAAUACAAGAAUAAACAGUUUGUGCAGAAGUCAUGUUAGAUAUUCUGCAUACUGCAUAUUAAAAAGUAAUCAAAAUGAAGUGACUUUAUGCUUAAAAAAAGAAGGG